AUGCCUCCCCUCUACAUACUAUUCGGGCUUCUCCUCUUGUACACUCCUCUUUGGUGCUUCUCUGUAGCUGCAUAUGAAGAUUCUCUCACGGCAGGCCAAGCACUCGCCGUCGGUGGCAAGCUCGUCUCAAGAAACGGCAAGUUUGCCCUCGGCUUCUUCCAGCCAGCAGCAAGCGGCAUCAGUAAGUCGUCCCACAAUGCCACCUCCCCCAGCUCCAGCUGGUACCUUGGCAUAUGGUUCAAUAAGAUCCCAGUUUUCACUACCGUGUGGGUUGCUAAUAGGGAUCAGCCCAUCACCAACCCUAGUGUCAACCUAACACAGCUCAAGAUAUCAAGCGAUGGCAAUCUUGUCAUCGUAAACCAUGCCGCCAAAACUGAAUCCAUAGUUUGGUCCACUCACAUUGUCAAUAGGAAAAACAGUAGCAUAAACACCACCACCUCUAGCUCCGUUGUUCUCUUGAACAGUGGAAACCUUGCCCUACUCGUAAAUAGCCAAGAGAUGUUGUGGCAGAGCUUCGACUACCCAACAGAUAUCGGGCUUCCUGGCGCCAAGUUGGGCCGUAACAAGGUCACUGGUUUCAGUCGCCAGUACAUAUCAAAAAAGAGCCUCAUUGAUCUGGGUCUUGGCUCAUACAGCAUUGAACUAAAAGACACCAGCGGGAUUGUCCUCAAGCGCAGCAACAACCCCCUGGUAAAGUAUCUGACUUAUGCAACCACGGGAUCAUCAUCUUUGAUACCAGUACUCAAGUCAUUACUAGAUUUGGAUCCCCGGACCAAAGGUUUGAUUAACCCAAUAUAUGUCGAUAACAACCAAGAGGAGUACUACACGUACACUUUACUGGAUGAAUCAUCAACUUCCAUGUUUGUCUCACUAGACAUCUCUGGUCAGGUCAAACUGAAUAUUUGGUCACAAGCCAACCAGUCCUGGCAAACCAUAUAUUCUGAGCCUGCAGAUCCCUGCAGCCCACCUGCUACAUGCGGACCUUUCACGGUCUGCAAUGGCAUUGCACAUCCACCCUGUGACUGUAUGGAGAGCUUCUCCCAUAAGUCACCGCAGGAUUGGGAGUUUGAGGAUCGAACAGGAGGAUGUAUCAGAAACACACCGUUACAUUGCAGCACUAGUGGUAACAGCAAAAACAUGACAAGUUCAUCAGACAUGUUCCACCCCAUUGCUCAAGUUCAAUUGCCCUACAACCCGCAAAUAAUAGAUGUUGCUACCACUCAGAGCAGAUGUGAAGAAGCAUGUCUCGGUUCCUGCUCCUGCACUGCUUAUUCCUAUAGCAAUAGCAGAUGCUCUGUCUGGCAUGGGGAAUUGUUUAGUUUAAAUCUGAAUGAUGGCAUUGAUAAUAAUUCUGAAGAUGUUCUUUACCUUCGCCUUGCCACCAAAGAUUUGCUGCCAGGUUCCAGAAAAAAGAAAAGAAAACCAAACGUCGGAGUUUUUACUGCUGCAAGUAUUAUUGGUUUUGGGUUACUAAUGCUCAUGCUGUUGUUACUGAUUUGGAGGAACAAAUUCAAGUGGUGUGGUUUGCCUUUAUACGGCAAUCAAGGUAGUGCUGGUGGAAUUAUAGCCUUCAGAUACACUGAAUUAGUUAGUGCUACUAAAAACUUCUCAGAAAAGCUUGGAGGUGGUGGUUUUGGUUCUGUAUACAAGGGAAUGUUAAGUGAUUCGACGAUUACUAUAGCAGUGAAAAAGCUUGAUGGUGACCGUCAAGGAGAGAAGCAAUUCAGGGCCGAGGUGAGCUCAAUUGGACUGAUCCAGCACAUAAACCUAGUCAAAUUGAUUGGUUUCUGCUGCAGAGGCAACCACAGAUUACUUGUGUAUGAACACAUGUUUAAUGGGUCUCUUGAUGGUCAUCUAUUUAAGAAGAGCAAUGUUGAUGCUGCCGUCCUGAGUUGGAACACCAGAUAUCAGAUAACCCUAGGAGUUGCUAGAGGAUUAUCCUACUUGCAUCAGAGUUGUCGUGAGUGCAUCAUACACUGCGAUAUUAAGCCGGAGAACAUACUUCUGGAUACAUCAUUUGUUCCUAAAGUUGCAGACUUUGGGCUGGCAGCGUUUGUGGGAAGGGAUUUCAGCCGAAUUCUGACUUCAUUCAGGGGCACUGCAGGUUAUCUUGCCCCAGAGUGGCUUACCGGAGUGGCAAUCACACCGAAAGUUGAUGUUUGGCAUGGUUUUGUUGGAAAUCAUAUCUGGAAGGAGGAAUUCCUCACCUGAAGAAUCAUACAACGCUAGCAGCAGCGGUAACCAGAAUGUUAAAUAUUUCCCUGUCCAAGCCAUCAGCAAGCUUCAUGGCGGAGAUUUGAAGAGUUUGGUGGAUCCACAGUUACAUGGUGACUUCAACUUGGAAGAGGCUGAAAGGGUUUGCAAAGUUGCAGGUUGGUGCAUCCAAGAUAAUGAGUUUGAUCGCCCGACAAUGGGUGAAGUGGUCCGGGUUCUCGAGGGUCAACAGGAGAUUGAUGUGCCCCCAAUGCCAAGAUUGCUUGCAGCUGUAACGGAACAAUCUGGUGCUCCAACUUUAAUGUAAUAAUAAUUUGUAGUCGAUAUUAGUAGUCUUUGUUAAUUUCAGCAAUUUUCUUAAAGUUGUAUUGUGGAGAGGAAGGAAUAAAGGAAGGCAAGCUUGCAGUUUUUAA